AUGAUUGCAUCAAAUGCGAAGCCCGUAUGGUCGCGACUGGCCAAGGGUUUCCGGAAAGGAUUAAAAAAGAAGGUUAACGACGAGGCUGAGAAAGAGAGCCCAUCUUCAACGACUGCAGCAGUGGAUGAGACUAUGAAGUGCGAAAUCAAGCAUCUGGACCAACGCUGGAACGAAAAAGACGAACAAUAUUUUGCCGAACGGAAACAAGAAGUUGAGAAGCCUGAACAGAAGGAUUGGUGGCGUCUGUUUGCCUUUUGUGUUGUUAAGCACUAUUACGACGACGACGAGCUCGAUACAACUCGCUUAUAUGUGAACCCCCAACCACUCCGGCAAUUACUUAAAGAUGUUAUUGGAGAUUACCCGGACGACCCCAUAGAUGUUGAUGAUGUGCAGAUCGAGACGCCGUACUAUUCGCUGUUCCACUAUCGAAAGCAGCUGGAGUCGGAGGGUCUAGAUCGGUUCAAGAACGACGAGGACUCCAAAGCUCAACUGGAACUGCUUAUGAACUGGAUCAAAUCUCACUUCGAGAAUGAUAUUUCUGCUUACGAGAAGUGUAUUUCUGGUCUCAGAGCUAUAUCUUACGAAAGUUUAUGGACUCUAUUCCCGCCAAAUAAGAUCGUACACGCCAAAGUACUCAACCAAAACCGCGCAUUCCGUGUCCACAGCUGCUGGUAUGAGGAGGGCGAUGACCCUCACCUAAAACUCUGGGCUAAUUUCAUCGACUUCGAUGGCAACGCGCUUGGUACGAGGAGGGCUGAGCUGUCUAUUAAGAAGUAUGCGGGAACGCGGCAGCUGACGGAGCUUACUACUAUCCCGCUUGACCUCCAAGACGAUAGUGUCGAGAUUCGUGCCGAGUUAAUCGAGCGUGGCAGGAAAUUCGAGAGUUAUAUAGGGCAACACUUUGAGCAAUACAACGGUGUUGGGCUCAAGAAGACCGAAAGGGGCUAUGCAAGAUUUAACGUCAAAGGGCGCAUAAUGAUUGACUGCGAAACAUACCAUAGGUUCGAAGCCGAUGACGCAUUCGACGUCGAAGAAUUCGGGAAACCUACGAGCUCUAUCAAUUCUAGUCAUAAGACGACUAUAAAUGAAAUCGAUUUUGUGCGCGAGACGAAGACUUUCGAUAAGUUGUCUGACGACGACGCUUCGAUUACUAACGCCACAGUUCGCGGGUAUGCGUUUGGAGUUAAGCAAUUCCUUGAGUUCUUCGUUGAUAAGAUUUCGCCUAUUGAAUGGAACAUUUACUGUUUCGACAAUCUCGUGCUCGACCCGGCAACAAAAAAGACCGUUCAGGCCGUGGUAUCUACGCAUUCAAGCAAGCGGGACGGGUUUGACGAUAUCGUGAAGGGGAAGGGCCAGGGGCUCGUGUGUGUGCUCCAUGGCCCACCCGGUGUUGGUAAGACGUUAACUGCCGAGUGUGUAGCAGAAUACGUCCAGCGACCCCUAUACAUGGUCUCGUCCGGCGAUUUAGGUGUAAACAGUAGUUAUCUAGAUCUUAAUUUAUCACGGAUCAUGGAUCUCGCCUCGACAUGGAAAGCAGUGCUUCUAAUAGACGAAGCUGACGUAUUCCUCGAACAACGAUCACUCCACGACGUGCAGCGGAACGCGAUGGUGAGCGUUUUCUUGCGAGCGCUCGAGUACUAUGGUGGCAUCCUAUUCCUCACCACGAACAGAGUCAGUACGUUCGAUGAGGGCUUUAAGAGUCGCAUCCACGUUCCGAUUAGGUACACGGACCUUAGCUCGACGUCGCGCCUGCAGAUCUGGCGUAAUUUAUGUAACCGCGUGCCCGGCGGCGUCGAACUAAACGAGGAAGAGUUUCAAGACCUUGCUGAGCACGACCUCAACGGUCGCCAGAUCAAAAACGUCAUCAAAGCCGCCGAGAGUCUCGCUGCUUUCGACGGGGUGAAAGUUGAUUACAAGCAGCUAAAACAAGUGACUAAGAUUCAAGAUACGUUCGAGAAAGACCUGACGAAUAUAGGUGGUGUGGACUAUACGGCGCCCGGGGAGUCAAAGAAGAAGGGAGAAGGGUUUAACAUGUUUAUGUGA